GGCUUUUUCUUAAUUCCCUUUACACUUUAUAUAUUUUCUCUUUUGAGCAUCUUUUUUUUUCUUCCUUACAAUCCUUUUGCUUCAAUUGUAUACAAACUUACUUCAUAUAUAUACAUAACUAUAUAUAUAUAUAUAUAUAUAUAUAUAUAUAUAUAUUUCUUCUUCACUCUUCCCCUUUGAUCCAUGUUCUAUAGGUCAAAACCUAAAAAAAUAAUUAUAAAUAUAAAAUGUCAUUCGACAUGACUUUUUCCUCUUCAUCUUCCUCAGAACGCCUUUGUUACUUGCAGUGUAAUUUUUGCAACACUAUUCUAGUGGUUAGUGUUCCAUGCAGCAACAUGUUAACCUUAGUGACAGUAAGAUGUGGGCAUUGUGCAAAUAUGUUUUCUGUUAAUAUUGGAUCUUUAAUUCAACCUCUCCCCCUUCAAGAUGUACAAAAGCUGCAAAGGCAACAGUACACAAAUGUUGAAAAUAAUUCUAGUAAUUAUAAAGCUUAUGGUUCUUCAUCAUCAUCAUCUUCCUCCAAGUUCAACAGAUAUUCUUCCAUUGUUUCUCCUGAAUUUGAACCUAGAAUCCCUCCGAUUUAUCCACCAGAAAAAAGACAACGUGUUCCUUCUGCCUACAAUCGAUUCAUCAAGGAAGAGAUCCAAAGGAUAAAGGCCACCAAUCCUGAAAUUAGCCAUCGUGAAGCUUUUAGCACUGCUGCCAAAAAUUGGGCACAUUUUCCACAUAUUCACUUUGGACUUAAGCUGGAGGGCAACAAAUAGUG